AUGGAAGGUUGUCCUCGUCUAGCUGCGAUUGGUUUCGAUCCAAAAGUAUCGAUUGAAUCCGUUGAUCUAUGUGAAAAGAUUCCAAAUUAUAUCACAGCAAAUUAUCAAGAAAAUGGAAGUAAAUAUUCUCAUGAAUGUGAACAAAUGAAUCGUCUUCGACAAACUACCAUUAACUCUUCUGCUGAUGAAGCUGGUAUUCAAUUACUCAAACGAUAUUAUUGUCAAUUACAAUUGUUACGAAAUCGUUUUCCAAUGUUACCCGAUACGGAAUGUGCUGUUCGAUUUACAUGGGAAGAUGCUUUUCAAAAAGAAGAUAACACAUAUAAUGAUGUUCGAUUUGAAGAAGCAUGUAUUUUAUAUAAUCUUGGUGCAAUGUAUUCAAGGUUAGGUGCCAAUGAAUCGCGACGAACACACGAUAGUAUAAAAAAUGCUUGUACAUACUUUCGAUGUGCAGCUGCAUGUUUCGAAAAAGUGCGCGAUCAAUAUACGACAUAUACAUCUGAUUUAACUCCCGAUUUAUUAACAUGUCAAGUUCAUAUUCUUUUGGCACAAGCGCACGAAGCUGUACUUGAAAAGUCGUUACUUGAUCAACGAGCACCUUCUGUGAAUGCUCAUGUUGCAAUGCAAAUAUCGGAAUAUUAUCAAAUGGCACUUUUGAAUCUGAUGAAGCCAGGAAUUAAUUCGAUUGUAUCAAAAAGAUUCAAAGAAUGGCGUGUUUGUUUAACAUAUAAAUUGUCGUAUUAUUUUGCGUUAACAUAUUAUUGCUGUGGUUUAGUUGCUGAAGAAGGCAAAAAAUAUGGUCAUUCUGUAUGUUAUUAUGAUGCGGCUAUUGAGCGACUUAAAGAAGCUUGGAAAAAUGCAGAAAAAAUUUCAUCCGAUAAAGCAAAUAUAUUCAAAGAAACUCAUACAUUUGCGACUGAUGUUCUCAUGGGAAAACAAAAAGUUGCCAAACGUGAUAAUGAUAGUGUUUAUUUUGAAAAAGUACCAGCACUAUCAAGUCUACCAGCUGUUCAAGGAGCUAUCGUUGCUAAACCGCAACCUUUUGAUUGUCAUGAUCCGGAAGUAUGUGGACCAGAUAUUUUUCAAAAAUUAGUACCAUUGGAUGCACAUUUAGCUGCAUCAGAAUAUAGUGAAGAAAAAGCGAAACUUCUACGUGAAAUUAUUGAAUUAACAGAAAAUAAAAAUCGAGAACUUGAAGCGUUUAUGCUUUGUUUACAAUUGAAUCGUGUUCCAUUAAAUAAUGAAUAUCUUCGCUUACCACGUGAACUACUGGAUUGCUGUGCUGCUGUUGCAGCUCGUCCGAAUAUGACCAAAGAACUUGUUUCAGCCAUGCAGCAAUUGAAUAGUCAACAUCAUGAAGUAGCUGAACAAGUGAAUGAAUUCGAAGAGUCAUUAAAAACCUUGGAAGAAACAAAUGAUUCUAUAAAAUCCAAUAAAGAAUAUAAAGAUUUACAAUUAAAUUUGAAAAAUGUUCGUGAUAUGAUGAUAAAAGCAAAUGAAAGCAAUAUCGAAUUACAUCGACAUAUGACUAAUAAGGUUCAUCAUUUGAAAAUUCUCAUUUCACCGCUUGAACAAUUAGAAAAAACAUUGCCGAUUAUCAAUGAGCUUGAUGACGAAGCAAAUAAACCGAAAAUAGCUCGAUUGGCGUUAUUAAAUGAAAAAGUUGAAACAAUGAAAAAACAACGAGAGACUUUAUUAAAUGAUAUUCGUAAAAAUAUUCAUGAAGACGAUAUCACAAAACUUGUUCUUAUGCAAAGACAAGAGAAUCAUAAAGGUUUAUUUACGGAACAAGUUAAAAAGCACGAAGAACUUGUUAACAUCAUUAAACAAAAUUGUACAGCACAAGAUAAUAUUUUACAAGCAUUAACAGAAACUAAUGCAGAGAUUGCUGAUGUAAGAACAAAAAUGGGAACGACAUAUGAAAAUCGCAAUCGAUUGAUUCAAGAAUAUAUUGAUUCAUUUAAAUCAUUUGAAGAGACUCUAUCGAAAGCUAAUGAAGGAAUUGAAUUUUAUAAAAAGCAAAAUGCUAAAUUAAUAAAACUCAAUGACCGUCUAAUUGCAUUAAAAUCUCAAAAUCAACCUCAAAUGACACCAAAGUAUUCACUACAUCGUCAGCUCCCAUCGAAUAUACCGUUGCGUCACAGUCCAUCGCCUGCCUGGUCCAAUCAAGAUCUACAUGAAGAUGAUUUUUCAACAACUAGUCUUCCAUCGACUAUAUCGGAUCGUCCACGCCUUAAAGAUUAUUUAGCUGCUAUGAAGCCUGAUACAUGGGGUUCAAAUACAGGUCGAUCAUCAAAGCGGUCUUCUUCCAGACGUGACGAAAAUAUGUAUACGCCUCUACCGGGAUCAAAUAUCGGUGAUAGUAGUAAUUUUUAUGCAAAUCCAAACACACUACAAUCAUUGCCUACAUUCAAUCCACAUCAGUAUCAAGUGCAAUCGUCAAUUGCCCCUGAACAACCAACAAUGUCCUAUGUUCCUCCGCCAACACAAUCUCCAUCGUUUGCAACACAACAUCGAAUGUCCUAUCAACAACCGACACACAAUCAGUCACGCUCAAUGGACCCUAAUUCAAAUUUACCUCCACAGAAUUAUCGUGGUCAACCUCAAAUGACUUACAAUCCUCCUUCUACUCCUCCUGUACAACCAAUUGCUCAACAUCAACAAUUCUAUCCUUCACAACCUAACGCUCCAACCCAACAGACGUUUUAUCAACUACCACCGCCAUCAGCUCAAAUACAGCAGCCAGUUUAUCAGCCAUCACCUCCAGCACAACAACCCAUUUAUCAACCAUCUCCAGUGCAGCAGCCAGUUUAUCAGCAACAAGCUUAUCAGCCACUACCACCUCAGCAGCAAUCGUUCCAACCAUCGGUUCAACAGCCAGCUUAUCAGCCGGCAUCAUCAUUUCAGCAACCUAUGUAUCAGACAACAAACACUGCAUUUUAUAAUCAACCACCGGCACAACAUCAAAUGCCACAGUCAAUGACAAAUCAACAAUAUCCGCAGCAACCAACUUUACAACAGCCAAAUACUCAUCAAGCUCAGCCUUUCAAUGAUCCUACUCAUUCUACAAUACAUGCAGCGUAA